GUGGUGCUGACGAGAGAGAGAGAGAAUCCGCGCUCGUGCAGCCAUAAACACACCGAGAGCGCGAGAGCGAUGCGCAACGCACUCACGACUCCCCGUUAAAACAGACCGAAAGCAAAGAGGUUAAACAUGUCGUCAUCAUCUAGAUGCUGUGCAACAGGGGUGUUCAACCUCCCUUCACUCCUUCUUCUGCCCCUUUUCCUUUCUCUCGUUUGUGGAGUACAAGGGGCCACGCUAAGAGAGCAUCUCCUGAGUGAAAGCGAACCCGUCUCUUAUGGACCAGCGUCCCAGAUCCGUCCUCCUCCGAGUGCCGAGAUGCUUAGAGCUCUGCGUUACAUCCAAAGCCUCAGCCAGAGAACCCCAUAUGGUCGCCUUGAUGACCAGCAAGACACUUCAGAUGACAUGGAGAGCGUUCGCUCCCUGCUACAGCUGGCAGAUCCUGCCCGGAUGGAUAGAGGCAUGGAUGAGAGAGAUGAAGAGAAGGACAACACUCAAGAGUUGCUGCAAGCGGUGCUUACCACACUUCAACAGACCGAGGAGCACAUGGUGCCUGAGAAAACCUCCCAGAAGGUCAUCGCACCAUCUCAACCUCGAUACACUGUCCAAUCCUUCCCAAGACCAAAGCAACAACUAGAAGUAGAAACUUCAGCUGAGAACUACGGAAGGACUUCGUGGACCAAUCCAGAUAACCGGAGACGGCACCGGAAGUUCCCACUUGCGUUUGAGGAUCAGGAGCAGCCUCUCAAACGGACCAACGAGAAAGCAGAAGAACAGUACACACCCCAGAAGCUGGCGACCCUUCAAUCUGUGUUUGAGGAGCUGAGUGGAAUCGCUGCAUCUAAGGCCAACAGCAAACGGGAGGAUGGUGAAGAAGAUUACGAUGACGAUAACGACUUUUACAGACAGAGGAGGAUGGUCUUGGAAGACAUCAUGGGAACUGAUGAAUGGGCACCUUUGGAGGAACAAACAGAGACUGAAGAAGAAGAAAGAGAGAGGCAUGGGUUCAAUCCCAACCUUGAGGAUGAUGAGCAAGAGGAGGAGGAGGAUGAAGAGGAGGAUUAUGUCAAAAGAUCCAACCAGUUCCAGACAGGAAAAGAGGAGGAGCCUGAGGACAUUGCAAAGCUUGUGGACUACUAUCUUCUGAAAAUCCUAGAACAGAAAAAGCAGGAGCAGCAGAAUAGACAAGAGGCCAGCAAGAGCGAGCAAGAAGAGGUGGAGAGAAAAGAUGUGGAUGAGGAUGAUGGAGAGGAAGAAGAUGAGGAGGAGAGAGAAAUCAAGCCAAUGCACAGCACAUUCCCUGAGUCUUUGUCCAAGAUAAUCUCAAUCUCACAGAAGCUACGAAUCUCACCGGAGGAAGUUCUUGAGCUUCUCCAUAAUGAGAAGCAGAAGGAUUUAUUGGGAAUCCCAAAGGAAUCACGUACACCCUACACAACCGUUCACAAGACCUUCACCGCAGCACCUCACCGACGGCCGCUCGAGACCACGAAGGGCAACAGCAUCAGCCAAGACAUCGUGAAUAUCCUCAAGCUGGUAAACGCAGCACAACAAAACAACAACCGACCAGCGCAACCGGAAACAUCACGUUAUUAUGAGAGGAAAACCGGCAGGGAUGAUUAUGACGACGCUGCCGGCGAGGAAGACGAACUUGCCAAUUACCUGGCGUUGAAAAUGUUCGAGCAUGGACAGAGACGGGCACGUCUGGCGCCAUUACGUGACGAGGACCAGCCCAUGUACGAACGCGGUGACUACUUCGAUAAAAGCACGGCACAAAAAAGACCCGCGAAUCACGAGAACGCAGUGACAGGGUUAGACAACAACACAAUGCUGCAAAUCCUGCGGUAUCUGGAUCCGGAGGGCGACGAUGCCGACGAAAUUGACUCUGAGGGGAAAACGGUCCCUGAAAUGUAGAUGUGUAGAUAACGAUUAAUAUUCAUUGUUUUAAGUUUGUCAUAUAAUAAAGUAUUUUGAAAGAAAUAUAUCCCCUUAUUGCGUUAAGUCAAUGUAGUUCUCCAGCUUUUCUCAUUUCUUGUUCUGUAUAGCAGAAAAAAAUGGUAUUUUAGUAUGAACUCAAGAACUUUUAGUAGUAACUCAAUUAAUUAGUUCAUUAGUUAGUGAAUAGAACAAUGUAAGUCGCUGGCUUUACCUCUUAAACAUAUGAACACACACAGAUUUUCUCCCUCUUAACUACACCACUUGUGUUUUCAGUAAGUCAGUCUCUUGUGCGUGUGAUGAGGUCAUGUGUGACGUGGCAGAGGUAAAUAAAGCAUUUGUUCACACCAUGGUCCUCUGUGUAAUGCUUUUCUCACUGCUGAGGAACCUCUGCAAGCUUUGCAUGACAUCAAAUCUUUUUAUUAUGGUAAUUGGUUUCUGUUUCAUGUGCAACAAGGGUCAUAACA